UUAUUUGCAGCUCCUCUCCAAGAUAACAUGGCAAACCCCAAAGAGAAAACUCCAAUGUGUCUGGUAAAUGAGUUAGCCCGUUUCAAUAGAAUUCAACCCCAGUAUAAGCUCCUGAACGAAAGAGGGCCUGCUCAUGCCAAGAUGUUCACAGUGCAGCUGACUCUUGGAGAACAGACAUGGGAGGCCGAAGGAAGCAGUAUUAAAAAAGCCCAACAUGCUGCUGCUAGCAAAGCCUUGAAUGAAACUACCCUUCCCAAACCAACGCCUAGACCACCCAAAAAUAAUGUUAACAAUAAUCCAGGUAGCAUAACUCCAACGGUGGAGCUGAAUGGUCUGGCUAUGAAGAGAGGAGAGCCUGCCAUCUACAGGCCUUUGGAUCCAAAGCCAAUUCCCAAUUACAGAGCAAAUUACAAUUUCCGGGGCAUGUACAAUCAGAGGUAUCACUGCCCAGUGCCUAAAAUUUUCUACGUCCAGUUAACUGUUGGCAACAGUGAGUUUUUUGGUGAAGGAAAGACUCGUCAAGCUGCUAGACAUAAUGCUGCAAUGAAGGCCCUCCAAGCUCUCCAGAAUGAGCCAAUCCCAGAGAAGGUGCCUCAGAAUGGAGAAACGGGGAAAGAAUCAGAAGAAGAUAAAGAUGCAAACAAGUCUGAAAUCAGUGUAGUGUUUGAAAUUGCUUUGAAGAGAAAUAUACCUGUCAGUUUUGAGGUGAUUAAAGAAAGUGGACCUCCUCACAUGAAGAGCUUUGUUACACGAGUUACGGUAGGAGAAUUCACUGCGGAGGGAGAAGGCAACAGUAAGAAACUCUCAAAGAAACGAGCUGCAAUGGCUGUCCUACAAGAGCUUAAGAAACUUCCUCCUCUUCCUGUAAUUGAAAAGCCAAAACCGUACUUUAAAAAACGUCCAAAAACAAUAUUAAAGACUGGACCAGAAUAUGGUCAAGGAAUGAAUCCUAUCAGUCGUCUGGCUCAGAUCCAACAGGCCAAAAAGGAGAAGGAGCCAGAGUACGUUCUUCUUUCGGAGCGAGGAAUGCCUCGCCGCCGGGAGUUCGUCAUGCAGGUAAAAGUAGACAAUGAGAUUACUACUGGAACAGGCCCAAACAAGAAAAUAGCUAAAAGAAAUGCAGCAGAAGCAAUGUUGCUACAGCUAGGUUACAAAGCCUCUACUCCUCUUCAAGACCAGCCAGAAAAGCUUGGAGAAAACAAGACUUGGAAUGGCCAGAACGUUGGGUUUCCCGAGCCAACGAGUAACACACCAAAGGGAAUUCUCCAUCUCUCCCCUGACGUCUAUCAAGAGAUGGAGGCAAGCCGCAACAAAUCAGCACCUGGUAACACUGUAAGCUAUUUGUCCUCCAAAGAAAUGAGCCAGACUUCUAGCUCUUUCUUCAGCAUAUCUCCUACAACAAACAGCACAGCAACCAUUGCCAGGGAGCUGCUCAUGAACGGGACGUCCCCUACUGCCGAAGCCAUAGGUCUAAAAGGAAUAUCUUCUGCCUCCCCCUGUUCUGCUGUGCAGCCUUCAAAACAGCUGGAGUAUUUGGCAAGGAUUCAAGGCUUUCAG